AUGCCAUGCGCGCCCAGCAGCGCGAGCUCGGUAUCCUUGUCCUCUCCUUCUCAUCCAGUCCUCGACGAGCACACCGAAUUCCGCGGGAGCCUCUCCCUCAACCCGCGCAAGGCGCGCGGCUUCGACGUCCUCACCAAGCGCGUCGCCGAAACGCCGCUCCAGCUCCGCUCCGUCGAUUCGCUCCGCAGCUACAUCCACUCCACCUCCCAGGCAGAUUCUGCCGUGACGCCCUGCCACGCCGCCACCGCGGAAGACGACGAAGAAAACGUCGAGGAAACCGCGGAAGACCUCGAGGAAAAACACUUCCGCUGCCAGAGCGACGAGGAGCGCGAGUCCUGGCUGCGCGUCCUCCGCCAAGCCAGACUGGGCCGGUUCCACGACCCGUCGAUGUGGUUCAGCCAGCACGUCUUCACCGCGGUGCGCGACCUGGCGGGCCGCGCGGCGUCGCUCGCGGAGCUCUGCCUGGUGCUGCGCACGCUGGAGGGACUGCCGCUGCGCGUGCCGGUGUACUUCGUGCAGUCGCUCUCGCAGGGCUGCCGCGGGCCAUCGCAGGACCCGCAGCUCACGCAGCUGAUCCGCGACCUCGGACGCGAGGCGGUGAUCAUUAAUGACCGGGAGUUCCGAGCACUGGGCAGUGACGAGGAAGGCCAGGAUUUCGCGUCGAAGGUACUCUUCAUUCUCGGAGAGUCCGUGCGGAGGGCAGAUUCCACGAUGCGCGAGUGGGACGCGCUGAGACUGGCACGGAAAGCACUGCUACGCACGUAUCGGAGCCAGACGGGCGGCGAUUGCUUCGAUGCAGUGAGUACGCUGCUCGGGCAUUGCCAGCUCGCUGUGGUGGCGCCGGUGAACGUGGCGGCGUCGAAAAACCCAAUUCGGAUCUCGGUGACGGAGCAGAUCCCAACGGUGAGCGAUAGCGAAAAUCGGGAAGGUCCGUAUGUGACGUCGCGCGUGGUGUCGUUUUUUAAUAUUUGUGAAAGAGCGAGUCGGAGGGAAAUGUUUAAUGUGAAAGCCACGGUGACGUCGGUGGUGGGGAAGGAAAAUUACGACACGCCGUGGGUGAUGGAGUUCGUGGUGACGGAGUGCAAGGACACUCGAAAAGCUUAGUUGAAAUCUUGUUAGUUUGAUUGUCUGUUUGAAGUUAGUUGUACGA